GGAGCUAAGAUAACAGGCGCUCUCGAGCGCAAUGAGGUGCUGACCUCCUUGGAUGUGCGCAACAACAAGAUCGGCCCCACCGGCGCCACCGCGAUCGCCGACGCCCUCAAGGGCAGCGGGGUGCUGAAAACCCUCAACAUCGGCAACAACAAUAUCGGCCCCAAGGGCGUCGCCGCGAUCGCCGAGGCGCUGCGCGGCAACGCGGUGCUGACCAACCUCGUGCUCACGAGCAACAACAUCGGCGACGAGGGCGCCAAGGCGCUAGCAGCCGCUCUUCGCGUCAACGAGGUGCUGACCGAUUUGCGCCUCAACAACAACAAUAUCCGCGACGAGGGCGCGAAGGCGAUCGCCAAGGCGCUGCGCGGCAACGCGGUGCUGACCAAACUCUCGCUCUGUGAUAACCACAUUGGUGGCGAGGGCGCCAAGGCUCUGGCCUCCGCUCUGCGCGUCAACGCGGUGCUGAUCGAACUGAGCCUCGACGGAGACGAGCUCAACGAGCUCGACCUGCCAAAGCUUCGCGGCACCGACCCGGUGACAUCCCUCAACCUCUCGGAAAAGGGCCUCGGCCCCGCCUCGGCCAUCGUGAUUGCGUCGCUGAUUGCGGGCAAUGGGGUGAUGACCGACCUCGACGUCGGCCAAAACGAACUCAGCAACGAGGGCGCCAAGGCGCUAGCAUCCGCUCUUCGCGUCAACGAGGUGCCGAAAGCCCUUUACCUCUACGACAACGAGAUCGGCAACGAGGGAGCCAAGGCGCUGGCCUCCGCCCUCGAGGGCAACGGGGUGCUGACCAACCUCUCGCUCUUUGGGAACGCUAUUGGUGACGAGGGCGCGGCCGCGAUCGGCGAGGCGCUGCGCGACAACGGGGUGCUGGACACUCUCAACCUCGACUACAACGGUAUUGGUGACGAGGGCGCGGCCGCGAUCGGCGAGGCGCUGCGGGUCAACGGGCGCAACAAGCUGACCUCGCUGGGCUUGGCUGGCUGCCGUGUCGGCCCGACUGGCGCGGCAGAGAUCGCCGAGUACGUGUCGGGCAGCGCGGUGCUGAAAGUGCUCAACCUCCGCGACAACCGCAUCAGUGACGCCGGCGCCGCUGCGAUCGCCAAGGCGCUGCGGGCCAACGGGGUGCUGACCGUCCUGAACCUCUUCGACAACAGCAUCGGCGACGUGGGCGCCAUGGUGCUGCCAUCCGCUCUUCGCGUCAACGGGGUGCUGACCGAGCUCGACCUCUGCUACAACGACAUCGAAGACACGGGCGCCGAGGCGCUGGCCUCUGCUCUGCGCGUCAACGGGGUGCUGAAAACCCUCAUCAUCAAUUACAACAACUUGGCG